UGGUUUGUUUGAUACGUUUGUGACGUAUGCAGGACAAUUACACCAAACGUGCAAACAAAUGCCCGCCUUUCACAGGGGGGAGUUUGUUUAAAUAGACGAAUCUGUGUCCGAAUUAUCAGUUCAGUUCUAUCUCUGCAAUUGACAACUAGUACAAUAUGCAACUAUCAAUUUUCGUCUUCAUUGCUGUCCUUGUUGUGGUCAGUGCCCAACAUGGUGACCAUCACCAUCAUCACUUAGAAGAAUACGUAGACUAUCAAGCGCACCCACACUACAACUACCACUAUGGUGUGCAUGAUCCCAAGCAUCACGAUGUCCACGACCAAUGGGAACACCGUGAUGGCAAGAAAGUCAAGGGAUCCUACAGCUUGAACCAACCCGAUGGUAGGAAGCGUAUUGUCGAGUACGAGUCUGAUGGCCACGGCAUUCACUACAACGUCAAAUACGAAGGACACGCCAUUCACGACGAGGGUCAUCAUGGCCAUGGGCACGGACACUCAACUAGCCAUCAAUACGCUCACGCCGCCACCAACUACCACGGACAUGAGGGCGGUGACGGUCAUCAUGGGCACUAAAUAGCAUCCACUACAUCUGUACAUAGUCACAGCAGCCUCAUUUAUCAUCAUUUCAUUCCUCUACAUUUACUGUGUUGUUCUUGUUGUAUGAUAUUGUUCCAUAAAUAAAUGUUUUCCUUAUAAA